GUGGGAAGAAGCGGUCUGCUGCUGCUGCUGCCUGCUCCUCCUCCGUCGUCUCGUCCCGUGUCCAUUUAUUCGGCAUGGUUGGUAGCUAGCUACUUCGCCGGCCGGCCUGCCUCUACAAAUACCCCCUCCAUCUCCUCCUCAUUUUCUCAACUCCUCCACCACCACCACGCGCGCGCCUUCUAGUAGAAACCAUCAUCGAUGGCGAGGUCGUCGUCCAAGAAGAAGUCGCAGCAGCUGAAGCAGAAGCCGGUGUCAGCGUGGCAGUUCCUCUUCCGCGGCUGCCUCGGCGGCGCCGCGGCGGGGAGCAGGCGAAACAAGGUCCAGCCACGCAGCACGACGCCGCAGGGGCGGGCGCCGUCCCCGGCCCCGUCGUCGUUCCCGUCCCCGUCGCCGGCGACGACGACGGGGCUGCAGCACCAGCGCCUGUCUCUGACGGACGUGAUGAGCGUGGCUUCCGACCAGGACCUGUCGGUGUCGCUGGUGGGGUCGAACCUGCAGGUAUUCACCGUCGGGGAGCUCAAGACGGCGACGCAGGGGUUCGUGGACAGCAACUUCCUCGGCGAGGGGGGGUUCGGCCCGGUCUACCGCGGCGCCGUCGCCGAGGGCGCCAAGCCGGGGCUCCGCGCGCAGCAGAUCGCCGUCAAGCUGUGGGACCCCGAGGGCACGCAGGGACACAAGGAGUGGCUGUCCGAGGUCAUCUUCCUCGGCCAGCUCCGCCACCGGAACCUCGUCAAGCUCGUCGGGUACUGCAGCGAGGAGGAGCACCGGUUGCUGGUGUAUGAGUACAUGCCCAAAGGGAGCCUCGAGAACCACCUCUUCAAGAAGUUCCCGCCCGUGCUGUCGUGGGCAACGCGUCUCAACAUCGCGGUGGGCGCCGCCAGGGGCCUCGCGUUCCUUCACAACCACGAGAAACCCGUCAUCUACCGCGACUUCAAGACUUCCAACAUCUUGCUCGACCCGGACUACGAGGCGAAGCUCUCGGACUUCGGGCUAGCCAAGGACGGGCCAGAAGGGGACGACACCCACGUGUCGACGCGGGUGAUGGGCACGCACGGGUACGCGGCGCCGGAGUACAUCCUGACGGGCCACCUGACGGCGAAGAGCGACGUGUACAGCUUCGGCGUGGUGCUGCUGGAGAUCCUCUCCGGCCGCCGCGCCGUCGACAAGGCCCGCCCCAGCCGGGAGCAGCACCUGGUGGAGCACAUGCGCGGGUGGCUCAAGGACCCGCACAGGCUCGCCAGGGUCAUGGACCCGGCGCUCGAGGGCAAGUACCCCGCCGCGGCGGCGCACAGGGCGGCGAUGGUCGCGUACCAGUGCCUCAGCGGUAGCCCCAAGAACCGACCGGACAUGUCCCGCGUCGUGCAGGACCUGGAGCCGCUGCUCACGGCCACCGACGACGACGUGCCCGCGGCGGCGUGCGUGGACGAGGCGGCGAGGAAGGAGAGGACGACACGGAGAAGCGACGGCGGCGGCGGCGACCGGAGAGAGAGAGACAAGGCGCGGCGGCACGAGAAAGCGGCGGCGGCGGCGCCCAGGUCGCCGAACCCGAAGAGGGCCGUUAGGAGGCGGGCGCCGGGACAGAGCGAGGAGUUCUGGGAGUGGCACAUGCCUACUGCGGCCGGAGCUGGACAGGGAAAAGCGUAGCAGCAGGGUAGUGUGGCGCGACCUAACUAUAGGGUUUUUGUUUUUUUAACAGUGCUUGUUACUGCUGCUUUUUUUGUGUGUAUAAAAGAGAGAGAAAAAACAAGAGAGGUGUAGUCGUAUAAUGGUAGAUGAUACAACUAUUGUCUGCACUGCCUUUGUUCAGGGUUGCACUUGCACCGUACCCCUGCUGUAAGGCUGUAAUUCCUUUGUUUCUUUUUUUCCGUUAAUUUCUACUAUUGGCUUGGCGCCUCUCUCUCUCUC